UCUGGCUGAGACCACCCGGGCUAAGGUCAGGACCCUUGGAGAGAGCCCCAUCCAAGGAAUGGGUUGAAAGAGCAGGAGCCCGCCAAGAACAGCCACAAAGAUACAGAGGGCCGCCCCGGUAUCCAAGGCGUGUGUAAUGAUUUUGUGAUUCUUGGCGGAACGGGAGGCCACACCAAGAUAAAAGCAUGGCAAGGCCUAAUGAGUGUAUUUCAGAUUUGGUCAUUACUUUGGUAAGCCGAGGACAUCAGGAAUUCUUUAAAAGAUUGUGUUAUAGAAGUGUUUAGACGUGUACACAAGUACAGGAAAAUACGGAAAAUAGCAUACCAUUAUGAAUCCCACGUAAUCAUCACCCAGCUCAACCACAAAUGGCCACCCUGGUUGCAUUACAAGUAUGUUAAGAUUCACUGGGGCACCUGGGUGGCUCAGUCGGUGAAGCCUCCGACUUUGACUCAGGUCAGGAUCUCGUGGUUUGUGAGUUGGAGCCCCACAAUCGGGCUCUGCGCUGACAGCGUGAAGCCUGCCUUGGAUCCUGUCCCCCUCUCUCUGCCCCUCCCCAGCUUGCACUCUUUCUCUCUCUCUCAAAAAUAAAUAAGCAUUAAAAUUUUUUUAAUUAAAAAAAAGAUUCACCUCAAAACCAUACCAGUAAUAUGUCAAUCUUAAAUUUAAAAAAAAGUUCCCUUCAUGUUUAAUGAGUAUAGAGGUUCAGUUUUGCAAGAUGAGAAGAGUUCUGGAAAUUGGUUGCACAACAAUGUGAAUUCUGAGGCACACCUUUAACCCUUAGCUAAGCUCCUAUGCCCUUCAUACCUUCAUUCACAGAAAGGGAAGAUGGAAGAGCUGAGUCAAGCCCUGGCCAGUAGCUUUUCUGUGUCUCAAGAUCUGAACAGCACAGCUGCCCCACACCCCCGCCUGUCCCAGUACAAGUCCAAGUACAGUUCCUUGGAGCAGAGCGAGCGGCGCCGCCGACUAUUGGAACUGCAGAAAUCCAAGCGGCUGGAUUACGUGAACCAUGCCAGACGACUGGCUGAAGAUGACUGGACAGGGAUGGAGAGUGAGGAAGAAGAUGAUAAAAAAGAUGAUGAAGAGAUGGACGUUGACACUGGCAAGAAGUUACCAAAACGCUAUGCUAAUCAAUUGAUGCUGUCUGAGUGGUUGAUUGACGUCCCUUCAGAUCUGGGGCAGGAAUGGAUUGUGGUCGUGUGCCCUGUUGGAAAAAGAUCCCUGAUCGUGGCCUCCAGGGGCUUUACCAGUGCCUACACCAAGAGUGGUUACCGUGUCAACAGGUUUUCUUCCCUGCUGCCAGGAGGCAACAGGCAAAACUCAGCGACAGCAAAAGACUACACCAUUCUGGACUGCAUUUACAGCGAGGUGAAUCAGACCUACUAUGUUCUGGAUGUGAUGUGCUGGCGGGGACACCCUUUUUAUGACUGCCAGACUGAUUUCCGGUUCUACUGGAUUCAUUCAAAGUUGCCAGAAGAAGAAGGACUGGGAGAGAAAACCAAGCUCAAUCCCUUUAAAUUUGUAGGACUAAAGAAUUUCCCUUGUACCCCUGAGAGCCUGUGUCAGGUGCUGUCAAUGGAUUUCCCUUUUGAGGUAGAUGGACUUCUCUUCUACCACAAGCAGACCCACUACAGCCCUGGAAGCACUCCUCUUGUGGGCUGGCUGCGCCCCUACAUGGUGUCAGAUGUUCUUGGAGUAGCCGUGCCAGCUGGCCCACUGACCACCAAGCCAGAAUAUGCUGGGCAGCAGCUCCAGCAGAUUAUUGAGCACAAGAGGAGCCAGGAAGGCAUGAAGGAGAAAGUCACACACAAGGCAUCUGAGAGUGGACACUAUGAGUUGGAACACCUGUCUACCCCCAAGCUGAAGAGCCCUCCCCAUGGCCUUGACCCCCCAGGGAGCCUCAUGGAAAACUAAACAGGGUGGCUCCUUGGGGAGUCACAGGAUGGGGCUUGGUCCCAGAAGGAAGGCUGGGGAGGAGGACAAUGACAACAAACAGGUGACUUCAUUUUAGAGUGGACUUUCCAAAGCCACUCCAGCUGGAAACAGCUUAUCUCCUAUCUGAAAUGCUGGCUCAGACAGUUGAGGGCGGUUUCCAGAUUGGAUGGAUUUGGGAUUUGAGAAGUAACUCCUGUGAAAAGUGUAUCCCAGAUAUCUACAAUGUAAAUAUAUGUAAUUCUUAAGAAAGAA